AUGGACCCAAAUUGGAGCACAGCAAACCUUUCUCUUUGUUAUGAUCAUCAUCCUAACUCAUGUCAGAAGGUCAUUUAUCCAUUGGCUGCAAAAUUUGUGAUUUACUUUAUCACUGGUCUCAUUAUAGUUCUUACAUUAGUUGGAAACCUUCUUGUCAUCAUAGCCAUCAUUCAUUUCAAGCAGCUCCACACUCCAACCAACUACUUCACUCUCUCUCUGGCUGUAACGGACCUGCUUGUAGGAGGGGUUGUGAUGCCUCCACGUUUGACACAGUCUGUAGAGACCUGCUGGUAUUUGGGGACAUUAUUCUCAUUUAUCUCUGUUGAACGCUAUUAUGCAGUGUGUCACCCCCUGCUCUACCACAAAAUAAUCACUCCUCUUGCUACACUGUUCAUGAUUGUUGUUUGCUGGAGCUACUCAGUUUCAGUGGGAAUUAUUGUCAUUGAACUAAACAUUUUUGGCACUGAACAUUAUGGUGAUGUUAUAUGUGAGGGGGGCUGUACAUUAGUUAUAGGGCCAAUGUCAGCUUUGAUAGUGUCUUUGUUCUCUUUUUACAUCCCCUCUGUUAUCAUGAUGAGCAUAUAUAUGAAAAUAUAUGUUGUUGCACAGAGACAGUCACGUUCAGUCCACAACACUCUCUCUCAACUAAACACAUCCAGAGGGCAGCGCACUGUUAGUAAGGCAGAGAGAAAAGCCACUAAAACACUGGCUGUUGUUAUGGGAGGGUUUCUAUCAUUUUGGACACCUUUUUGUAUCUACAGCACAAUUGUGGCAUUUUCUGGUUUUAGUGCUCCACCACAGCUGUAUGAAGUGUUUGGUUGGAUUGGUUAUUCAAAUUCAUUAUGUAAUCCUAUUGUGUAUGCUUUCUUCUAUAGCUGGUUUAGAAAGGCUCUCAAAGUUAUUUUAUCAGGCAAAAUAUUCAAGAAACGUUCCUCAAGAAUAAAGCUGUGUCCUGAGUAG